UCAUCUGUCCUGGCUCCUGCCAUGGAGUGUCCCGGCUUUGCUGCCUGUCUGUGGGCACUGUGCCACCUCCUCAGCCACCUUCCCCCCACUGAAAGUGACCAGAGACUGUCCUGCGGUUCCCAAUUCUGCUCCCUGAACAGUUGCUGUCUGGAUCAGGGAACAGGGGGACCCCAGGAGGGCCUCUGGGUUUGUGGGUGUCCCCCUGGCAUGGUCCCCACCCCCCAAAACUCCUCAACCAUCUCCUGCCAGGCUUCUGGCCCCGCUCCGGAGCCCACCUGUGCGAUCCCUGUCCUGGAGGAGGCCAGGAGGGUGUGCGGGGACCCCAAGAGUCCGGUGGUGGCCACCUGCAGAUGGAUCCUGGCCAUCCAGGAGCUCCUGACGGCCACCUGCGCCCAGCCCACCGAGGACAACCUGCAGAGCACCCUGGAGCAGCUCCAGGCCCUCAAAGGUCUCCACGCCAACCCCACGGCAGCCACCGAGCUCCUGCUGCAGAGCACCGAAGCCCUUGUGCUGCAGGCGGCCCUCAAAGACCCCGCCUCCCACCCCCAAAACUUCACCACCAGCACCAUGGAGGCCACGGUGCAGGUGGUGCCUGACCGCUGUCCUGAGCCCAUGCUGGUGCUAGCAGUGGGUGAGCAGAACCUGACCAUCAGCUGUCAGGAAGUGGUGCGCAGUGCCCGGACAGGAACGCCUGCAGUGGCCUUCAUCGUCUACAGGGAGCCAGAGGAGCUCCUGGGGGGCAUCACAGAGACGCGCCGGGAGCGGCUCAACUCCGGCGUGGUUGGCGGCACUGUGGGGCAACCCGGAGCCACCUUCGGCGUCCCCUUCAACGUCACCCUGCGGCACCUCAUGGCGCUGCGGCUGCGCCAGGAGCCGCGCUGCGUGUCCUGGCAGGCGACAGGCGCCCGGAGCCACUGGACGGCCUCGGGCUGCAGCCGCGUUGGAGGGGACCCGCUGAGCUCCACCUGCGCCUGCUCGCACUUCUCCACCUUCGCCGUCCUCGUGGCCACGCGCCCCGUCACGGACAGCGUCGCGCUGACCGUGGUGACCUACGUGGGGCUGUCGCUAUCGCUGCUCUGCCUCUUCCUCGCCAUCGGCACCUUCCUCCUGUGCCGCUCGCUCGGGAGCCUCAGCGUCACCCUCCACCUGCAGCUCAGCACCUGCCUCUUCCUCGCCGACCUCCUCUUCCUCGUGGCUGUGCACCGCACCAACAACCGGCUGGUGUGUGCCAUCACAGCGGGUUGCCUCCACUACCUCUUCCUCGCUUGCUUUGCCUGGAUGCUCCUGGAGGGUUUGCACCUCUUCCUCACCGUCAGGAACCUGAGUGUCCUCAACUACACCAGCACCAGUCGCUUCAGGAAGAGAUACAUCUACCCCGUGGGCUACGGUGCGCCGGCCAUUGUGGUGGCCACCUCGGCUGCCACACACCCUGACGGCUACGGCACAGAGCAGUACUGCUGGCUGAGCAUGGAGGGAGGUUUCAUCUGGAGCUUCCUGGGGCCCGUCUGUGUCAUCAUCCUGGUCAAUUUGCUCUUUUUCCUCACCACCCUCUGGAUGCUGCGGGACAAACUCUCCUCUCUCAACGCCAACAUUACGGCUCUGAAACACACCCGGUUGAUGACGUUCAAGGCGCUGGCACACAUCUGCAUCCUGGGCUGCACGUGGGGCCUGGGCCUGCUGCAGGCACAGGGGGACAACAUCGUGGUGGCCUUCAUCUUCACCAUCGUCAACAGCCUGCAGGGAGCCUUCAUCUUCCUCGUGCACUGCGUCCUCAACCAGCAGGUGAUGGAGCUGUACCGGCGCUGGCUUCGGGCACUGGGGCAACGAGCACAACCCCACGAGACGCCCACCACCGAGAUCCAGAUCAGCUACGUCACGGUAACGGGACUCCAAGCGCUGGGGCCCUGCGGGACCCCCAACGUCUAGCGCUCGGUGUGGUGCUGGGUCCAGAAUCUGGUCGGGGGGGAGGCUGCCUGGAGCCCUGGGUCCCCUCAGGUCCUCAGGGGUCCGGCAAGAAACCA